AUGGCCUCCAAACAGACUGUGCAUAUGAAUCAAGGACAAGGAGAAAUAAGCUAUGCUCGUAACUCAAGCUAUCAGAACGCUGAGCAGAACAGGAUGAAGCCUCUGAUAGAAGAGGCAAUCAUUGACUUAUGCAGCAACACCAACACCUUGUUGCACGGGAAGAUGGUGAUCGCGGACUUGGGCUGCUCCUCUGGUCCGAAUGCGCUAGCACUGGUAUCUACUGCCGUCAUGGCCAUCCAUUGCCGCUGCCUUCAUUUACAACAGCCACCACUGGAAGUGUGUGUGCUCCUCAACGACCUGCCUGAUAAUGACUUCAGCACAGUGGUGAAGAGCCUGGUCACACUCCGUCAAAGUAACGAGCCUGUCGUCAUGACCGGUAUCAUACCGGGGUCGUUUUACGAAAGGUUGUUCACUAGUGGCUCCUUGAAUCUCGUGUGCUCAUCCUGUAGCCUGCAUUGGCUCUCAAAGGUUCCUGAAGUUCUAAUAAGGGAUCACAUCCCGGCAUACGACAUCGAUGAGCAAGCUAGGCGUGAAAGGCUCCCCAUGGUCCAUGAGGCUUAUGCACACCAGUUCAAGACUGACUUCACACAUUUCCUUAAGCUGAGAGCUAAAGAAUUGGCUCCAAGUGGCCGAAUGAUUGUGUCUGUUAUUGGGAGGCCUUCUGAUGGAAGCACCUUCGAAUUCUUUCACAUAUGGGAAGUCAUAGCUCAAACUCUAAGUAUCAUGGUCUCAGAGGGUGUGAUUGAUAAAGAGAAGUUUGAUUCUUUCUACGUGCCAAUGUACGGACCUUCUAGUGAGGAGAUGAGGGCGAUCAUCCAAGAAGAGGGCUCGUUUUCGAUCAGGGAGAUGCAGCAUUUUGGAGACGUGAUGGAUGAGUUCGCGAGGAUUGGGAAGCAGUACUGGAGCCUGGAGGGAAACUUGGAGAACAUGCUUGCCAAGGACACGAUGGUGGCUGUAUCGCUCACCAAGGCAUGA